AUGAGUGUUAAACCGUUAGAGGCGCUCCCGCCAACAGAAACCCUAGAAAUCGAAAACGGUCUCUCACUAGUCCCGCGGAUCAAGCUAAUCCUUACCGUCCAUCCUUCACUCUCCACCUCCGCCACUAAACCAAUCGACGAAUGGAAGCUAAAGCGCGCACUUAUAGACUUCCUAAAAACUUCACUUUCCCUCACCGUACCUGAAGAAGACCUCGGAAUCAAACGUUAUAAAGAUCUCAAAAAACGCAAGCGCGACGAUCCAGUAGCGCAUGGAACUCUCUGUAUCCGUGACUUGGGGUUUCUCAAUAAAGAAAAAGAUGAGGAUUCGAAAGUUAUAGAAGAGAAGUUUCUAGAUUGGAGAAAGUACAUUGUUGAAAAAAUGGACGGGAUUGAACUUAACCUAGAAGGAUAUAAGUACAAGCUUAGUGUUACUCUGCCGGAGAGUGAUGAUUUUCAAGGAAUGAAAAAAGCGUGGGAGGAGUUUUCUGUGUUUGGAAAUAGAGGAGGGAGACAAGAACCGGAUACGAUUGUAAUGAGAGGGGUCCCGUCUAGGUGGUUUGCGGAGCCUAGGGUUUCUUCUUCGAAGCCUUCCAUGUUAGUUACGCAUACUGUUUUCUCCACUUUUGGGAGGAUAAGGAAUCUUAAUGUCACUGAGGAUGAUGAUCAUGGUAAGGAUGCAGAUGAGGAUGACAUAAUUUCAGGUCUCUACUGCAAGAUUGUGGUCCAGUUUGAGAAGCAUGGAGACUUCUAUAAUGCUCUUAAAGUCUUAUGUGGCCGCUCAUUGCAGAAGCAAGGAACUUGGUUAAAGGCUGAUUAUGAGGUUACCUGGACCAAGGAUAGAUUGUUCCGAAACUCAAGUAGUCAAGUGAAAGAAAAGAAUGAUAGGAUGCCAGUAGUGGCAGGAGGGCACUACAGAAAUGAAGCUCCUAGACGGGAACGAUACAUUUCUCAGCUCACUUCAGAUGACACAAGUCGGAAGAGGUUCAAGGAAUAGGAGUAGUGAUGAGCAUGCGGAAGAAAUAUCUUCAGGUAGGACUUUAGAACAGAGAAGAAGCCAAUUCUUUCAGGUUCAACAACCUAAUAUUUAAUAUUUGUUGCCUUCUAGAAUUCUCUCUGUACCGAUUAACCUCGUGGAAAAUAAUGGGAGAGUUUAGUCCACUGUACUGUAAAAUAAUUUACAAUUGAUGUUGGCUUUUAUAGCGACAGGUAUUUAACUUGCAACAUAAGUCAAACUGACUUUUAUGCCGAAUUGAUUAUAAUUGAUAGCAACAUGACAAUGUAACCUCGUGAGCUUGUUUCUGGCA